UUCACCCAAAGCGUGGAGAGUUAAAAGAAGCCAGCACUGAUCAUGUCAGCUAUGCACUACACUACUGCAUGUAUCAUCACUUUUUUCUUGUACAUCUCUGUAUCUAAAGUGCAAUCGGGAUAUGACUAUGAUUAUGACUUAGGGGAGAAUGAGCCCAAAAACUGCACCACAUCUGAAUCCAUCAUUGGAGGCAUGGUGAAGUAUUCAAAUGGCGGUGUUGUGGGUAGUCGGCUAAUUUACCACUGCAGCGAUGGAUUUGAACCUUAUCCAAUCAGCCAAAAAGUCUGCAGCUCUGAUGGAGAAUGGGAGCCAAGAGUAUCCAGGGUCAAAUGUGAAGAAACCAGUGAUUAUGGAGAUUAUGAGGAAACACAGAAGAACUGCUCGUUGGAAGUGUCCAUAAAGGGAGGUAGUGUGGCCUACUCCAAUGAGGGAUUGGAGGGGAGCAUGCUGACCUAUCACUGCAAGGCAGGACACUACCCUUUUCCAGCAACGCAAAGAGUCUGUGAAAGAGAUGGCCAAUGGUCAGCCAUGAGACUCCCAAAUGGAAAGAGAACACUCAGUGCUGUGUGCAAGGAGAUUCUUUGCCCUGCUCAACUUCAGCUUGACAACGGGCAGUUCUGGCCAAGGAAACAGUGGUUCAAGUUUGGAGAAAAACAGACCUUUACAUGCCAUGAAGGAUUUGAUUUGAUUGGAUCUGCUGAGCGGAACUGCACUCAGUGGGGUGGAUGGACUGGUGCAACACCAGUGUGUGAUGACCAGUUUGGCCACAAGAGAGGCAGGAAGCGCGAGUCAAAAGCAAGCUUGACGGAUGUGUCACACCCUAACUUUAAAAAGAAAGGGAAAUAUUUGGGUAGGACUGUCAGGGUUGAAGAUGGUCGGCUGAAUGUCUUCAUCCUUUUGGACACAUCAGGAAGCAUUUCAAAGGAGAAUUUUCAGACAGCAAAAACUGCCAUUAUUGAACUUGUCCGUAAGCUGGAUAGCUAUGAAGUCCACAUGAAGUUUGAGAUCAUCUCAUAUGCCAGUGAGCCCAAAGAAAUAGUGUCCAUUACAAGCAUCGAGAGUCAAGAUGUGAAUUAUAUCUUGAGGAAAUUAGAGGAGUUUAGUGCCGAAAGCCAUGGAAGUAAGAAAGGCACCAAUCUGUAUAAAGCCCUAGAAAGGGUGUACAGUCAGCUUGGUUUCCUCAGGGAGACCAAAAGAAAUCAGUUCAAUGAGACUCAGAACGUCGUAAUCAUUACGACUGAUGGCCACUCAAAUAUGGGACCCAGGCCACAAACCAUGUUAGCUAAGAUCCGGAACUUAUUCGGCUACAGACCCAGCAGUGUAGACCACACACAAGAGGAGCUCCUGGACGUGUAUGUGUUUGCUGUCAGUGGAGAAGUUAACAAGAAAGAUCUCACAAGCAUUGCCUCUUCCAAGAAAGAUGAGCUGCAUUUUUUUAUUUUGAAGGACUAUAAACAUCUGGGAUCUGUGUUCAACCGAAUGAUCAGUGAUUCUGCUGUGACUAAGUGUGGAGUGGCACAAGAGCAAGAGGACCAAGACGAGCGAGAGAAGCCCGAAACCACUUACACCAGACCUUGGCAUGUCAAUGUUCUCUGGGGAGCUAAAACAUGCAGAGGGACUCUAGUGACUAAGAGCAUGGUAUUGACAGCUGCACACUGCUUAAUAAAGGUGAAUUCAGAUGAAUCUGUAUCAGUUGCCAGUGCUGCUGACAUAACAGUUCACCAUGGUAAUGGUGAAGUUAAAGCCAUGGAAUUGAUUCUUCAUCCACUGUUUAAUGUGAAAGGCCUUAAGGACAAGAAUGUAAAUGAGUUUUAUGAUUACGACAUUGCUCUGGUUAGGAUGAGAGAAAACAUUACGAUAUCUUUGAAGGCAAGGCCCAUUUGUUUACCUUGUACCAAAUCAUCAAACCGGGCUCUCAGAAUGGAUCCAGACUCUACGUGUGACGAGCACAAGAGAUCCCUGAUCCACCUGGAAGAGACUCCGGCUAACUUCAUCAGACAGGGAACUCAUCGAUCAGACACCCACAUACAUAGUGGUGCAAAAAGAAGUGAAUGCUUAAAGAAAGCAAGAUCCACCUUCCCUGCAAACAGCAGCGCAUCUCUGUCAGAAGUGAUCACAGACAGGUUCAUGUGCACUGGAGGAACCGAGACAAUCAGACAUGAAAUGACUUGCAAAGGGGAUUCUGGAGGAGCUCUCUUUCUACGUAAGAGGAUGCGAUAUUUUCAAGUGGCAGUCAUUAGCUGGGGCACUAAGCAGACAUGUGACUCAAGGACAGCUGUCAGAGAUAACAGGCCUCUCGACGCCCGGGACUUCCACAUCAGUGUGUUCUCAGUGAUGCCCUGGCUCAAACAACACCUUUACAAGGAGCUGGAGUUUCGUCCUUAGCAUAGCGGAGCCGACUGAAACACAGGAAUGCAUAAGAAACUAUGCCGAUUUGACAGAUUCCUGAAUGUUUUCAGAGUGCAUGGUCUAUGAGUGAGCUGACAUUGCAGACAUGCUUUUGUCAAAGGAUUGUAUCAGUUCAAGAUAAUAAACAAAAACAGAUUAUUAUCUAA